AUGAGUUCCACGGCGAGAAAGAUCACACCACCGGAGUGGGACCGCCACAAGGACACCAUCGUGGAACUGUACCGCCACAAGACCCUCAAAGAUGUUCGAGCAGAGAUGCGCGACCAACACGGCUUCAACGCCAGCCCUUGGCAAUACGAGAUGCAGUUGAAACGUUGGAACAUCCGCAAAAAUGCAACCCAGAAAGAAUGGCAACAAUACUUCUCAAACAACGAACACCAUUCUAUACCCGCCUCGAUUGAUGCAUCAGGUACAACUUUACCUUCCGUCCUUCUGAACAAGUCAAAUGCGAGCAAGAAGCGAGCCAGCCGAUGGGUGUCAGGGAGCCUUGUGGAACCAAGUACUUGUCAGGCCUCUGGUUCAACACUGCCUGGUAACGCGGCACAGCCUAUUGCCGCAUCGAGUUCGGAUGGGCCCUUUGCGCUCGAAGGAGGCAUGCAACCAGAUAUACAAGACUUGGUCAUGAAUGUGGCCGACGCCUUGGAUGGAUUCGGAAGUGUUCCGGUGUACACGGACUCUUCAUUCAACAGCAUGGUCACCACUUAUGAACGUCAUGCGGGAUCCUCACAGACAUUCUUCGACACUGUGGGUGGACCUGCACAGUCCUUGAACCUCAACCCCACGUCUUUCCAUGUCUUGUCAUCUCCAGCGGCAACGAACUGCCAGUCCCCGUUCCUCGGGCAAGACUGUUCUAUUGGGCCCGUGUUUACAUCUUUGGGAAUACCGGCAGAGAGCAACUUGCUCUUCUUCAGCAUGCUGAAAGAUACCGUUUUCAAGCGGGAAUUGCCAUCCGCACAACUCGAACACAAUUUACGAUCCAAGGGGAUCGUCCUGGACGAGGCAGCCGCACAUACCAUCUUUGGUGGAUUCGCGCCCAGAUUGAUUGCCGGCAUCCUAUCAUCGAUAGACCAGUCCUUGGUUCGAAAACCUCCGAAUCUACAGCACUUCCUGCGCAAGCUUGGCUCCCAGGUUCCCGGGGAGAGUUCAGUUCUCAUCACCAACGAUCAGGCAUUCGAGACCAAGUUCGCCCGUGUGCUGCUUUUCUCCAUGCUCAACGGGUUCGCCGGUCUCGAUGGCGUGCCCAUGGAGAAUAUUCUAAGGUUUCUCAACCGUUUCGUCGUCAAUAAGCUACUUCUCGACAUCUUGGAGCAAUGCCCGCGGCAUGUGUCGAGGACCCUUGCAGACAACAUUUUCCGGGCCGCCAUUGAGGCUACUGAUACCACUGUUGUGAAACUAUUACUCGGCCGCAAACUUGUUGACGCCAAUGAAACUGUGUGCUUUCACGAACAGGGAAAGUGGACCCCAAUUCAACGAGCAAGCGAGCUGAGAUCAUUGAGACUCAUGAAAGCACUCAUCGAGGCAGGCGCCGACGUCAACAAGCCUGACUUGGAACCUGAACUACCCGAGAUCUUGACAGCCGCGAUCAAGUCCCAAAAUCAGACUCUGAUCGACUUCAUUCUCAGCAAGGCGCCCGAGCUUGACCCGCCAGCUCUCAGUUUUGAGUAUCAAAUGCGUGGCGACAAGUCCACACCAAUCGCCGAGGCCGUGAGACAAGUGGACUCUCAGCUUCCACCCGAGAUCUGGUUGAUGGAGUUCACACCCCUAGGACUGGCCAUACAAGGCCUACCGGAUAAAUUUGGUACGAACAUGGUCGCCAUGAAGAAAUUCCUCGAGGCCGGCGCCGAUCCUAAUGGGAUUUCAAAACAAAAUGAGCAUUGGACUAAAGGCUCCCCUUUGAUGACUGCACUCAUGGUCGCCGUCGAAACGGGCCGGGAGGACGCCGUCAACAUGUUGCUGGAAUACGGCGCCGACGUGAACGCCCGGCCACGCAUACGCACUACGCGCACCGCCCUCCAAUAUGCCGCAGAGCUCGGCAACAUGGACAUGGUACGCCUGCUUCUCAGCCGCGGUGCGGACGUUAACGGCGAUGCACCCUUCCACGGCGGGGCAACGGCGCUCCAGUUUGCCGCCAUGUCAGGAAAUUGCAACAUGGUGGCAUGCCUGCUAGAUCACGGCGCGAAGCUCGACGCCCUGCCAUCCAAGAUCGACGGCAUGUGGCCCCUAGAAGGGGCUGCUGCGAAUGGGCGGCUUGAUGUGAUCCGCUAUCUAUGGGAGUUGAACGUCAGGGCGGUCGCUGGGGGCGAAUUCCCGGAUGGCUUCUCGAAACGACAGUGUUUGAGGGCUAUGAACUUUGCUCGUGAGAACGGGCACAUCGGAUGCAGGGACCUGAUUUCGGAGUUGUCUGGGAUUUCCGUGCAGAGGCUAGAAAUGGAGGAGUAUGGAGCCCCAUGGAUGAGUAUGGAGCCCUCUUGGAUUGCUCACGAAUAA